AUGUUUAGAGAUAGAACCAAUUUAUUUUUAUCAUAUCGUCGAACAAUUCCUCGUGAUACACUUCCCAUCAAACGAACUCGAUUUAGUGAUUUAGAUAAUGAAGAAGAAAAUGAAGGAUUAAUACUAUCGUCAACUUCAACAACAACUUCAACAACAACAGCAACGUCUAAUAGGAAAGGGAGGAAGAAUAAAUCAAAUCGUAAUAGUAAUAGUAAUAAUAGUGGUGGUAGUGAUUAUAAUGAUGAAGAAGAUAUUGAAUUAAGACCAAUGAUUCCUAAUAUAUUUGAUAUUGCUAAAGAAUUAGAUUCAUAUUUGAAUAUAAUUAAUAAAAAUAUUGAAGAAUUAAAUUCAAUGUAUAAAAAAUUAAUAAUUAUUAAUAAAUUAAAUAAAUUAAAUUUAGAAAAAAAAAUUGAAGAAUUAAAUUAUCAAAUUUUAAUUAAAUUUGAAAAAUGUUAUAUAUUAAUUAAAAAAUUUGAAUAUUUAUUAAAUAAUUAUCAAAAAUUAAAAUUAAAUUAUAAUCAACAAGAUUUAGAAAUUUUAAUUAAUUUUAAAAAAAAUUAUGCAGUUAAAAUUCAAGAUAAAUCAUUAAUAUUUCGGAAUUUACAAAAUAAUUAUAUGAAAUUUUUGAAAAAUGAUGAUGAUGAUGAAGAAAAAAAUAAGGAGGUGGAGAAUAGGUUUGAUACUAAUAAUGAACAAAUUACAUUAUUAAAUGAUUUAGAAGAAUCCAAAUCAAUAAAUACCAUAAAUUCAACCAAUAAUAAUAAUAAUCAGCAACAACAACAGCAAGUACAGAUACAACAACAAUCAAAUAUUCAAUAUUUACAACAACGAGAACGAGAAAUUUCUAAAUUAGCUCAUGGUAUAAUUGAAAUUCUGACAAUUUUUAAAGAAAUGGAAUCAAUGGUAAUUGAACAAGGAACAAUUUUAGAUAGAAUUGAUUAUAAUUUAAUUAAUACAGUAGAAGAAUUAAAUCAAGCUAAUAAAGAAUUAAUUAAAGCUCAUAAUUAUCAAAAAAAUUCAACUAAAUGUAAAAUUAUAUUUUUUUUAAGUCUUUGUGUGUUUGCUUUAUUAAUGAUAUUUAUGUUACGUCCAACAACAUCAAAGAAUUCCCAUUCCAACUCCAUGUCUAAUAAUAAUAAUAAUAAUAAUAAUAAUAAUAAUGAUUCUAAUAUUAGUGACGAUCAAGAACUAAUGAGACCAAAUAUUGAUAAACCAGUCAAUGAAGUUAAUCCUCCAUCUAAUGUCAAUAAAGUAUUUAUUUAA